GGGCCGGCGCUGACCAUGCCCAGCGGCUGCAGCUGCCUACAUCUCAUGUGCCUGUUGUGCAUCCUGUGGGCACUCGUUCAGCCUGCUGUAGCCGAUGACUGCAGUUCCCUCUGUGACCUGGCCCACGGCUUCUGUGAGCCUGACGGCUCCUGCAGGUGUGACCCCGGCUGGGAGGGGCUGCACUGUGAGCGCUGUGUGAGGAUGCCUGGCUGCCAGCACGGUUCCUGCCACCAACCCUGGCAGUGCAUCUGUCACGGUGGCUGGGCGGGCAAGUUCUGUGACAAAGAUGAACACAUCUGUACCAUGCAGUCUCCCUGCCGGAACGGAGGCCAGUGUGUGUACGAUGGGGGCGGCGAGUACCACUGUGUGUGCCCACCAGGUUUCCAUGGGCGGGACUGUGAGCGCAAGACUGGACCCUGUGAGCUGGCAGGCUCCCCAUGCCAGAAUGGCGGGCAGUGCCAGGAUGACCAGGGCUUUGCCCUCAACUUCACGUGCCGCUGCUUGGCAGGCUUUGUGGGUGCCCACUGUGAGGUGAAUGUAGACGACUGUCUGAUGCGGCCUUGUGCUAACGGCGCCACCUGCCUGGACGGCAUAAACCGCUUCUCCUGCCUCUGCCCUGAGGGCUUUGCUGGACGCUUCUGCACCAUCAACCUGGAUGACUGUGCCAGCCGUCCAUGCCAGAGAGGGGCCCGCUGUCGGGACCGUGUCCAUGACUUCGACUGUCUGUGUCCCAGCGGCUAUGGUGGCAAGACUUGUGAGCUAGUCUUACCUGUCCCGGACCCUGACACCAUAGCAGACAUCCCCCCGGGGCCCACCUCAGCUGUUGUGGGGCCUGCCACAGGGCCUGUCCCUCACAGCGCAGGGGCCGGUCUGCUGCGCAUCUCAGUGAAGGAGGUGGUGCGGAGGCAAGAGGCUGCGCUAGGUGAGUCUAGCCUGGUGGCCAUGGUGGUGUUCGGGGCGCUCACUGCCAUCCUGGUCCUGUCCACGGUGUUGCUGACCCUGAGGGCCUGGCGCCGGGGUGUCUGUCCCCCUGGACCCUGUGGCUACCCGGCACUACACUACGCCCCAGCACGCCAGGACCAGGAGUGCCAGGUUAGCAUGCUGCCUGCAGGGCUCCCCUUGCCGCCUGACCUGCCCCCUGAGCCUGGAAAGACCACAGCACUGUGAUGGUCGUGGGGGCUCCCGAGCCCCCUCCUUCACCUCCUCUGCCCCUCAGACCGGAGUGGUCCUUUCUUGCCACCCCUCAGCAGCCUCACACAAGAAAUAUUAUUUUUUUAAUAC